AGGAUGCGUUCCUUCACACAGAGACCUAAGAGGGAAAACGUUUCACAUUUCUCUCGAAUCGUUUUCUCUUAUGACCACUGCGCCUACGCUUUUUGUCUCUUCCUUAAUACAGUUUCGCAUAAUUCCCGAAUUAGAUCCUUUUUGUUCGAUGAGCAAUUUUGUGGUGGCUGAAAAUUCUUCUUUCAUACCUUGUGUUUGUUAACAAAGAAUUUCAGGUGUCUGUGUCACACACCAUAUGCAUGAAAGUUUUGUCUCAUAUGCAUUCUUAUAAGGAUUUGGGGAGCAAGCUUAAACCUGCAGAUGAUGUUGUAGCUAUGGGCACUACCUUAGAAAAAUCGAAACAAAAAGCUCAUUUUGAUAUCAAGCUGUGGGGCUGGUCCUUGCGUUCAUUUUUGCCUUGGGCUAUCAAUGCUAAAGAUAAAAUUCCAACCCCGACCACUAUAAACAAAGGGUUAAGAAGGCGUGCCCAAUCUCAUGGGUUUGUUGAAUAUGGUGGUGCUGGUGCUAAUUCCUUGCACUUUAGGCCAUAUGUGUCCAAGGUUCCGUGGCACACUGGUCCAAGAGGCUAUCUUUCUCAGCUGUUUCCACGCUAUGGGCAUUAUUGUGGACCUAACUGGUCAAGUGGAAAAGACAAGGGUUCUCUCCUUUGGGAUAAGAGACCAAUUGAUUGGCUGGACUACUGCUGCUACUGUCAUGAUAUGGGUUAUGACACUCAUGAUCAAGCUGAACUGUUGAAGGCAGACUUACAAUUUCUUGCAUGCUUAGAGAAACCAAAUAUGGCUACUAAAGGAAAUAUCCAUAUUGCUCAGAUUUAUAAGACAAUGUGCAUCACAGGUCUUAGGAAUGUCUUGAUACCAUACAGGAUACAUCUUGUGAAGUUACAGUCAGGACACUCUUUCCUCAGUUUUGGGUGGCUAAGCGAUGUGAAAUAGAGAGGUCAGCAUUAAUAGAAAAUAUGAACAUAAUUACAGCAUGUGGCGAGUAACAAUAUUAGUGAUUAUCCUAACAUGGAAUUACAGCCUGUGGAUUUCGGCCCAGAACAUCUAUGUUGAGAUUACCAAUGCUUAGGCUUAAAAGUGAAGAAGGAUCAUGGCGAUGUUGGAAAUUUAGGAUGUCUGAAUCUCAGUUGGUUGUGUCGGAAAUGCAUAUAAUGUAAAUAACUGCUUUCCCAACACCAGCUUUUGCAUGUUGUUGGCAUUUUUUUUUUCAAAUAUUAGCAAUAUUGUACAAUCUGCUGCUCUGUUUAUAGUUAUUUAUGGAACCUAUGUAUGCAGACAUUUUGACUAGGUUUUGCCUUGAGCAUACCCAUUGGUGAUUCAAUUUGAUAUGGAAUCUUAUGUUUUGAGUUCAUUAGAAGCUCAUUAUUUUCA